CAAGGAGCAGAGAGGGUUACCGAAUCGCUUCUGUGGAACUUUGGAAAACUUUGUACGUGGAAAAAGAAAACAGAAAUGGGUUCUGUCUUUGGAAAAUGACGCAGGGUUACGGUUCCAGUGUGCAACUGCCUCUGUCACGCCAACUCUUUCCUUCCUAUUCCCCUUUGUGCAGAGGAAUACCAGGAGGAGCCGGAAUCAAGGGAACAGUAAAAGCCAGAGCUGAUAAGGAGUUUCACUGCAUUAUUUGAAGAAAGUUAAGGUUGGACCGCUUUCCUGCUCAUUUCUUUAAUGAAGUCUCUUGCUCCCCGAUCAAGCUAAGCACCUUCUUGCUUAUGACACACAGGAUUUAUCUAGUCUAAAAUGGAUUCUAGUAAAAAGAUGGACCCCUCUUUAGUACAGCAGAAUGUACCACCGAAGGCCAAUCCUGAUCGCGGUCCUGGAGCGUCGAUUUAUGUCCCGGAACAAGGAGGUUACAAAGAGAGAUUUGUGAAAACAGUGGAAGACAAGUAUAAGUGUGAAAAAUGUCACCUGAUAUUAUGCAACCCCAAGCAGACAGAAUGUGGACACCGGUUCUGUGAAACUUGCAUGAAUAUGUUGUUAAGUUCUAGUCCAAAAUGUUCGGCGUGUCAAGAAAACGUCAUUAAAGAUAAGGUGUUUAAGGAUAAUUGCUGCAAGCGAGAAAUACUUGCUCUUCAAAUAUACUGUAGAAAUGAAAACAGAGGUUGCACAGAACAAUUAACUCUGGGACAUUUGCUGGUACAUUUAAAAAGUGAUUGUCAAUUUGAAGAACUUUCAUGUCCUCGUGCUGACUGCAAAGAAAAAGUGCUGAGAAAAGACUUGCCUGACCAUAUAGAAAAAUCCUGUAAAUAUCGGGAGGCCACAUGUAAAUAUUGUACAAGUCAAGUUCCAAUGAUUACAUUGCAGAAACAUGAAGAUACAGAGUGUCCAUGUGUUGUAGUCUCAUGCCCGCAUAAGUGUAGUGUUCAAACACUUUUGAGGAGUGAGUUGAAUGCACAUUUGUCAGAAUGUAUUAAUGCCCCAAGUACGUGUAGUUUUAAGCGUUAUGGCUGCACAUUUCAGGGAACAAACCAGCAAAUUAAAGCACAUGAGGCCAGCUCAGCAGUGCAGCAUGUUAACUUAUUGAAAGAGUGGAGUAAUUCUCUAGAGAAAAAGGUAUCCCUGCUGCAGAAUGAAAGUGUAGAAAAAAACAAGAGUAUUCAAAGUUUACACAAUCAAAUUUGCAGCUUUGAAAUAGAAAUUGAAAGACAGAAGGAAAUGCUCCGGAAUAAUGAAUCCAAAAUACUUCAUUUACAGCGAGUCAUAGACAGUCAAGCGGAGAAACUAAAAGAACUGGACAAAGAGAUCCGCCCCUUCCGACAGAACUGGGAAGAAGCAGACAGCAUGAAGAGCAGUGUGGAGUCUCUCCAGAAUAGAGUGACGGAACUGGAGAGCGUCGACAAGAACGCGGGGCAAGCGGCUCGCAACACAGGUAUGCUUGAGACCCAGCUAAGUAGACACGAUCAGAUGCUGAGCGUCCAUGACAUUCGCCUGGCUGACAUGGACCUCCGAUUCCAAGUCUUAGAAACCGCCAGCUACAACGGAGUACUGAUUUGGAAAAUUCGAGAUUAUAAGCGAAGGAAGCAAGAAGCGGUCAUGGGGAAGACUCUGUCUUUGUACAGCCAGCCCUUUUACACGGGCUACUUUGGCUAUAAGAUGUGCGCCAGGGUUUAUCUUAAUGGGGACGGGAUGGGGAAAGGGACACACCUCUCGUUGUUUUUUGUCAUAAUGCGGGGUGAGUACGAUGCUUUGCUUCCUUGGCCGUUUAAACAGAAAGUGACUCUCAUGUUAAUGGAUCAGGGAUCUUCCCGCCGCCACUUAGGAGAUGCUUUCAAACCCGACCCGAACAGCAGCAGCUUCAAGAAGCCCACUGGAGAGAUGAACAUUGCGUCCGGUUGCCCGGUCUUCGUGGCCCAAACGGUUCUAGAGAACGGGACGUAUAUUAAAGACGAUACUAUUUUUAUUAAAGUCAUAGUGGAUACGUCGGAUCUACCGGACCCCUGACCAGGAAGCAGGGAGACCAAUUAAGCAGAAAAAUCCCCCUCCCCCCCCACACCGCAUUUGGGGGUUUUGAACCAGUCUGUCUUCAAUGAGAGGUCCUUAAAGCUCAGAAGAGGGCCUUGAGGAACAGUAGGAGGAGUCUGAAGGCAUAACUGCAUAGGGGCCAACGGAGAAGCAGCCACACAUUAAGAAAUCAUACCUUGGUAUAUUUUCUAAUAGAACUAGCGACUCUUAAAUGCUGAGGAAUUAUUUAUCCUCCAUUAGGGGAAAUACUGCUGUCGGAGUCGGGGACGGGGGCGGGAGGGGGAGGGAUUUUUUUGUGUUUCAAGGUCUAGUUAUCUGAGGUGGAAAGAUCCAUGUGCUGAGCAAAAGAAUCAGAUGUGAUUUUUCUUCCUUAAACUAGAACACCAAAAAAUUCACCUGUGGGGAUAGCUGGACGUAUCAGCAUGUUAUAUAAAAGAAGAAAUGAUGAAAUCAUUUUACAGUUCUGAUAUAUUCAUUCUCAAAAACUCAAAGUGCAAUCUUGUCUCAAAUACAGUAUAUUGUCUAUUUUCAAGGCCUCAUCUGGUCUCUGUUUUAAUAAUUUGUUUGUCCGAAGACCCUGAGGUACAGCCAGGUCUUCUUUGGAAAGUCUCUAAAUUCAGAAUCAUUUCUUGUUUGGUUUUGUUUAAUUUAAAAGUUCAAUCGAUAGUCGUUACUGCAAACAUUUUAUUUUAAAACGUUGAUAGACUGAUAUUUCUUGGAAGAAAAAAUGUAAAAUAUCAAACACUGGUUAUCACUUGUGAUAGAAAAGAAAACUAUUCAAUCUGUUGUUAUUUCUCGUUAGAAAUGUAAACCUACAAUAUAUGUCGUAGUUAAUGACACUACUUCAAAAUGAUUAAGAAAGAAAAAUUGCUCUUGGAUGCUGUGCAUCAUUAUCAGAUUUAUAAUUGUUUUCACCCUAAAAUAGGGCAUUUGUUGAACUUUGGAGUUCUAAACGAAAUCCUGUAGGUUUUUAAAGUUCUGCCCGAUGUGUUUCAAUGAUCUAUCUGUCACUGACGAUGCAAAUCUUCGAUCUCCAAUCUGUUUAGCGUUCUGGGGUGGGAAAGGUGAUUAGUGCUGAAAGUGCCCAUUUAAGAGAUAUUUAUUCAUUCUGUCAUAAUUGCUGCAUCUUGUUCAAAGAGCUCGGAGAGCAGUGUCUUAAAGAGAGAUGGUGGCAUACUGUACUUGUGCCUUAGAUGUGACAUGCUGCUUCUAGAUCAUAGAUUUGUACUCAGUUUUAUUGUGAUUCUAGGGAAUGGUAGUUGAACUAGACUUUCCUCUCCUGCUGUACGGACUUCUGUCUGUGAGUGUCUACACUAGAGCCCUAAAGCAAUUCGCUACGUUUUGAACAGGAGCCAAACUACGCCUCUGGCCACUGGAGCUUCCAGAGCCCACUGGUCUUGGAACCCAAAUCUGCUUCUGUGCCCCACUAGUUGAUCCACACUGCUCCCAUGGAGCUUGGACCAAGGGCUCCAUCUCGUCCCCUGGGCCGUUGCGAACCCUCUUCCACGUUCACGCGUGGGAGACGGCAGCGCGGACGAUUUCGGCAGAGAGAGCCUCUCCCGUUAGGGGUGCCUCGUCGUGGCAGGCCGACAGACAUCCCCGCACGUCCCUCUCCUUCCAAGGGAAAUUGCUUUACGGUUUCUUCGCGAUCUUGGCCCAAGCAUGACCCGAAGGCGUUUUUCUCCAAUCCACUGUUGACCUUGUCCUAUUAACGGUCAGACUGUGACUAAGAGUCUGGUGACUUAUCUCCUGUAUUUUACCUUUUACUAUGCACCACGCUUUAUGGGUGCUUCUGAACAUUUAUGGGUGCUAAACAUUUAUAGGUGCUUCUUAGGCAAAAACCAAUAUGUCCGAACUACUGCGUUGGUGCUGCAUGAAAGGGAAACUGGCCCCUCCAUUGGCCAGUCGGGUUGGGUGCCUCAGACUGCCCUCUUCCCGGGGCAUGACUACAAUCUGUAGCAUGGGGACGGUUGAAUUCAUGCAUCUGUAGUUCACCUUGUCUCUGGUGCUAUUGUCUGUCUUGGGCGUGCCUUCAAAAUUCAGUGCCUGCAAGAAGUACUUUUCCGGAUCCAAACGGAUAUUCAGUGCACACCAUAAGUGGUCUUCGUUGGUUUUUCAAGCACCUGCUACAACACAGCCUGUCGUCUUAGCAGCCAGCAAGCCCGACUGUAUUAGGUCUUCCUUUUUUCUUUCUCCGCUGCCCCAGUAUUGAUUGAUUUUUUUUUUUUUUUGAAUCCUGUUCAGUCGUGGCCUGGUUUAAGGAGUCAUGUAUGUUUCUGUUACAAUCAGGGCUGUCCCUAGUGGGUAAUGGCACUCCUUCGCCCCUCUCCAGCCCCCCACUUCCACCUUGCUAGUCACCCCACACGGCUCCUCCUGCCAACCGCUGGGUGGGACCCCCUAGAGCUGGGCCGCUGUCCCCAAACUGCGGGCCCCCUAGGGAAAACCCUGGACACACUUCCUAAGGGCACAACUUCUCGACAUGGAUCUGACAACUGCCAUGCUCUGCAGGCUGCCCACUGAAAAAUCCCUCUGGUACUGGGAAGGGCCCUGCCCAUGUUCAUUAAACUCGAAUGUUGUCCCUGGCAGUCCUGGAUCAUGCCUCGUGGCUUCCCACUGAGGAGAUGAUUUCCAACCCGGGAGGGUCCCCUAGCAAUCUACCCAUUGCAAAACCAUACCCAUUACUUGGAGGGAGGGAGGGAGAGAGAGAAUAAAUGAAACAUUUGUGGCCUUGGGAAGAAAUAUCCUGCCCAUUUUCCUCCUCCCUCCAGUUGGAGUCCUGGCUCAGAGCUCCCUGGAAGCAUUAAAGUAAAGCAUCCAUUCCCUUCACGGUAGAAUUCUCUAAAUAGACUUCCCUAGACUGAGCUUAUCGGCUGAAUGAGGUAGCAACCCGUUCCCGUAGCUUUUCAACAAAAGAAGGCUAGAGCAUUUAAUUUCCAUAAAACUGAAAUAUCUUCCAGGACGAGGAGACAAUGGCUGGCUUGUGCUUUGCUCUUCUGUAAUUUGGGUAUUAUUUAUUGCGUCAGUUGUGUUUCCUGUAUGCCUUUUGAAUUUGGGUCCAUGUGCAUUUCUCUCCCUCAAGUGCUCAAAACUUGUUGGAAGUCAUUUUGAAGUCUCUUACGUAAUUCGCAAUGUAUUUUAAGUUUUGUUGCCAAAAGUUAGCAUAACCAGAAUCCGUUCGACAAUAGGAUUCCUCUGUCGAACUGUAAUGGAGUGCUCACAAUUGAUGUCAAGGCCAAAUGCGCUCUCCCUAGAGGAGUGUGCACUGGUAGAAAUAGAGCUUUAAACAUCUGCAAAAGACCCCAGGCUUCUAGAAACGUAGUAUUUGAAAUUUUCAUACGCCACUGUUCGUGUGUGUGUGUGUGUGUGUGUGUGCGCACACAUCCAUUCUCCUCUUUAAUAAUAGUAAUGUAUUCCCAGAAAGAUCAAACUAUGACUGGUCUUGUUAAUUUCUCUGUUGACCUUACUGUCUGAAAUUACAAGGUCUUUCAGUUGAUUCAAAAAACCUUCAGUGAUUUCUCUCACAAGCUGGUAUUAUGGGACAAUCCCUAUUAGUUACCACUGUCUGGGCAUAGAUUUUCUGUUUAUCAGAGUUACACAGGGAAUGAGCAUAUCACAUCCCACUUCUGUCCUGUCUGAUCUGAAGAGUACGCUCCCCGUCACUAUUUGAAAUGGCAUUGUACUGCAACACCAUUAUCAUCAGUCACUGGUGGUUGCCUUGCUGACUGGAUUGGAACUUUGAAUUCAGUGUGGAUUCAGCCUACAGGUUCCGAAGCCUUCUUGUUUAUCACCCAAGUGGGUAAUGGGGGACUAGACAUUAUAUUUUAUGUGUAAGAAAUUAAACUUUAGUGUCUACUGCCCUGUAAUUGGUGCAAGUGGCACAUAAACAAUGAAACUUAGAAGCAGACUUAGUUCAAAAUCGGUUUUCCAGCCUACACACUAGAAGGCAAGUGGAAGAUAGGGGCUUUGCCUGGUCGGGGCUGACCAGACAGAUUCAGGGACUGGAGAGGAUUUGUCGUCUUUAGGAUUUUGAAAUAUUGAAUGUAUAAAUGUCGGGGUGCUGUAGUAUCUACUCACUGCCUGGGGAGCCGUGCUGUCGAACAUCCCGAUUUUAAGUAGAUUAGGAUGGAGAACAGCUUGAGUCUUGACUCCGAUCUGGCAUUACCAGAAAUGAUUUUGACAGGGCGCGCUCUUGGGUCUGAUGGCAAAGGUGAAAAAGCGUGGAAAUGACCCUUAAACCUUUGGAACAAUCAAUCGGUGGUUUUUAUUGGGCGCUUACUAUGUGCAGGACACUGUACUGAGCGCUUGGGAGGAUACGGUACAACAGAAAUAGCAGACACGUUCCCAAAACCAUGAUGAGCUUACAAGGGAAGAGUUUGCCGGAGUCCCCAGACUACCCCCAGGACAGCCCUCUUAAAGCUUUGUUGCCUUGAACCGUGUUAUCUAUGCAAGUGUACAGACAGGUGGAGGGCCAGAUUCCCUCUUAGCUGAAGGCCGAGGCUCGAGUCCAAUUAUCUGCAUGCCCAGUUGAAUCCUGUAGAAGUAUCCUGUGGAAGUAUCUCCCCAGGUAAACCCACCUUCCUUCCUUCAUUCUGUGGUGCCUACUGUGUGCAGAGCACUGAGCUAAGAGCACAGUGGAGGUGAAGUUAGGUGAGGCUCUGCACCUACAGCCCCACAAUCUCCUGGAGAGAGAUAAGCACCCGAUGCUGCUUUUAAGGAGACAAGGGCCACUCUUUUGACUUCUCACUUGGGCGGGGUUGACCAAGAAAAAAAACAGCGCCCUUCUUCCGUCUGCUGGGAAGAGAAUGGCCUACUGCCGUAUCCCUCCGGUUCUGUUCCCCCGAGUGACACUUUGACUCCCGGGGGCUUUCUGGCGGUGUUCCCCCGCCGCCACCCAGGAGAAACUGCUGGGGAGAAACACCUUGAGCAGGAUCAAGAUGAGAUCCAAGCCCUCAAGCCACCAACCGAAGACUCUGGCCCGUAGGUCCUUAUAUCCUGAGGGAUCAAGGAAGACGUUAGACGCCGUUAAGGCUGUCGGACUGACAACUGGGCUUACCGUCUUUUCCCUAACCUGGGGCUAGUCCUCGGACUACCUGAACUCACAGGCCUCUUCCUCCCUUCAUCCAUUAGCAAGGGGAGUUAGAAGUGGGACGGUGAAUUCUAGGCACUAUACUUCUGUGCACAGUCAUCAACAAUUCCAAUUCUUCACUUGCUGGAGUUGGGGCACCCGGCAAGGCAAUUCAACUCGGCCUCCUGGGUUCUUCAGGUCACAGUAAGGGAAGAAUUAAGAAUGAAAAACAUUUCAGACUCCGGCUUUUAGAGCUGAAGCUGAAUGCUUGCCCAUUAAAAAUAAAUCUCUCAUUGCAGAAGGGCUCGACUUUAGCUGUAGAAUAAUAUUUUUUUUGUCUUUUAGUCCAAACCUUUAGUUCUUAGACAAUCAGAAGGAGAGCUGGGGAGAAUUCAGGGAACUCCCUUAAAAUUUUGAACAGUUGGGAGAUGAAUGAGGGAUCUGUUCCAGUCUCUUGUUUUUUGACCCAUGACUGUAGCUUUUGUCUUCCAUUUCAAAACGUCUCUUGACAUCUGAUGUGUUUUUUUCCAACCAAGCGUUAGUUCGGAAGAGCUUAAGUCAGUUGAAUGAGCUUGCUUUAUCUUGGAAAUACCGAAUGCAGUUUAUUUGGAAACCAUUAGACAGCUUAGUAAUGCCGGUUACAACACACACACCAUGGUCAUUAGUGGGACACAGAUAGGAGCACGUGGCCAUCCAAGGGUCGCUCAGGCUUGAGGCCAACGUAACAUGAGUCAAAGCCAACCUAAAUCAUCGGAGGACUCGCCUCCGGGGUUGGAUAGUUUCUCAAAGUGAGUUUCGGACCCGGCUUGCAAAGGCGCGGACUUCCCAACGCUGACCUGCAGUGGUGGCACCUGGUUUGGCAAAGUUAGGUUCACGCAGCCAUGCAAUUCUCGCUUUUUUAUUUCCUUUGAUGCUGCUGGAUUAGGAGGCUAGUCCUUUUCAAGUGUCUAGGUGAAAAAGUGGUUACAGUUCAGGAUUUCCUAACCAUGUCUGUGAUGUAAAAAACAACAAAAAAACUCCAGUAAUUAGUAGUGGUUGAUUUUUUUUUUUAGAACUUACUCCCCUUAGACAAGUAGGAUAACCUUUAACAACAAAUGAAGUGAAAACAUUAAAAAAAACUGACAUUUAUUUCCAAGGAUUUCUGUAAGAAAUAUCUGUUGAACAUCAGUAACAAAAUAUAGUGUGUAAAUCAAUGUAUAAAAUUGUGUGACAUUUCUUUAUUUGCAUUCUCUUCACUGAUGGUACACCUAUUGUGUUCAGUUUUAUGAUCUAAAAACAAAGACCAAAGAAGGCCAACCUCAUUUGACUGUGUAUUUUUAAUCUGCCUGUCUUAACAGAUUAUCAAAUGUAGUAACCAUUAGCUAUAAGGAUACUUUUGACAGUACGAGUGAUCUGGUAACCAGUGGUUCCUGUACUGUGUUUCUCUGCUCUUCUAAAGUUAAAAACAAACUUAAUAUAAUUUAUUGCUCAGCAAUAAUCAUGUUGUUAAUGGUUUUUAGCAACAUGUCUUAAUUUUCCAAUAGCAUUAUUCUGUUUUGUAUUUCUGUUGUAUAAUGUGUGUGGUUUAUUUGGUAUUUAUUUGUGUUUUGAGGUCUUGCAAAUGUCCUUUGUGUUUUUAAUGCUGAUAAUAAGUAAAGUUUGUAAGAGUGUAGAAUGCAAAACUUUGAAAUGCUCAACUGUCUAUUAUUAGAGGAAAAAAAUAAAUCUAAAUAAGGAAUCUCAUUUUUUGUAUAAAAAAA